GAGGUGCUUCAGACUUCAGUUUUGGGUAGCUCCUCAGUCCAGCAACCUGCUCUGAAAUCUCUUGGAUUACAAAAGAAGAGGGACAAGUAGAAGCUUGUUUUGGCUCCACAGGUAUCUGUGCUAAAAGGAUCAGCUGGGCUCUGGGGUUGAUCAAUCCCAAAAGCUCUGACCCAGGAAUUCACUUUCUUCAGAAUCUCCCAGGAACUCGCGUCUUGUUGGGUCAAGAAGAUGGCCAACGGAGGUCUGCAGAUGCUGGGCUUCAUCCUGGCCUUCAUUGGCUGGAUUGGCAUUGUUGUCAGCACGGCCAUGCCCCAGUGGAGAAUCUCUUCCUAUGCUGGGGACAACAUUGUGACAGCCCAGGCCAUCUACGAGGGUCUGUGGAUGUCCUGUGUCAUUCAGAGCACAGGGCAGAUGCAAUGCAAAGUCUACGACACCCUGCUCAAUCUGUCAGGCCACCUGCAGGCAACUCGGGCCUUGAUGAUUGUCAGCAUCCUCUUGGGCCUCAUUGGCUGUUUCGUCGCUAUGAUCGGAAUGAAGUGCAUGAAGUGCAUGGAGGACGAUGAGGUCAGGAAGGUGAGGAUGGCCGUCCUUGGAGGCAUCUUGUUCCUUGUCUCAGGAUUUGCCGCUCUGGUGGCCACAUCUUGGUAUGGAAACCGUGUCGUCCAAGAAUUCUUCGAUCCUACCAGGCCAGUCAACGCCAGAUAUGAAUUUGGACAGGCUCUCUUCGUUGGCUGGGCAGCCGCAUCUCUGGCCAUCUUGGGGGGAGCUUUCCUGUGUUGCUCUUGCCCCCGACGCGAAACCACCUACCCACCCACCCGGCCAUACCCGAAGAGCGCCCCCUCUGGUGGGAAAGAUUACGUAUAAUACGUGAGAGAGAUGGAGUCGCUACCUUGGCACUGAAGAAACAAAAGGGAGACCUGCCUUAUCGCUGUUCUUCCAAGAGCAGAUCAUAUGGCUGUGCCUCCCUCUGCUCUUCCUUCUGUAAAACAAAUGUGUAUAUUUAUAUAGAUAUUAUAAAUGUAUAACCAUUUCUGUUCCUGGAUGCACAAAGUCACCCCUGUCCAUCCAUCCAGUGAGGAGGUCCCAAACAUGUUGGCUUUCAUUCGCAAUGAAAUGGCAAUGACGCACCCCAGGCCUAGGGAAACUAUAUCUCCCCUUCGUUGGGAGUACAAGACAGACACCCUGCCCCCAAUUGUAUGUGUAUUCUCUGUUAAUUCUCUUAAUGUGUUAAGGCAAUCAAGCACGGUCCUGCUACCUGCUUCUGCAAUCCCUUUGUAUGUAUUUCUAUAUCAAAGCGACAGAAGACACUGGCGAAGCACAGGAGGCCAAAUGUUCCGACAUCUUGAAGAAAGGUCUGCUUGAAGAAUGUGUCUGGAAGCGUGAAUGUGUGGGAGUUUCUGUUUUGUCCCUCUUCCCACCCACCCCCCGCCCUGCCGCCCUCUUCUGCAGGCACAGGAAUUAAGAAACAGCAAAUAAAAGAGAUUAGGGUCCCCUGACCUCCUCCUCCUCCUCCAGCAGGCACUGAAAUUAGGAAGCAGCUAUUAAUAGGACAGAAGGCAGCCUCUGGAGGUUGGAGUGACAGUAAUUUCCCCAAGAUGCAGAGCAAAGGAGAUCCCCUUCCACAGUGAAGUGCCGCCCUCACUACCAGGGCAUUUUGCUGCCUGAGGUAAACGGCAAGAGGGUGCACACACACACACCAGGGAGGCCAGUGGGGAGAGGUGGCACUGUGCACCUGGCCUCCCAGCAGCAGUGUCUCUAACACUUACCAGGAGGGAGGGGGAGAGAGGCAGUGGGAAAGGUGGGCCUCUGAGGGUGGAGCCAAUCCGCCACCCCAGCCAGUGGGCCUGAGCAGUCCUGACCUCCCCUCUGCCGUGCUGCUCCUCAUUUCCCUCCCAGUAAAUGGCAGCAACGCUGCUGUGGGGAGACCAGGUGUGCUGCUGUGGUCCACCCUUCCAGCCACUCCAGGUGCAUACACAGUGCCUUAUAAAUGGAAAUCCAUCUCUACUGGCAAGGUUAUUUAUUUUAUUUGGACAGGGGAGGGAUUGUAGACCGCAUAAAACAUAAAAAUCUCAUAGUUCUUCACAUGAUGAAACAAUUAUCAAUGUAACAGUUAAAAGUGGCAAAACCUUUUUUUUCAAAAAAAUACAAUAAAAUAAUUAGCAAUACAACACAGCUAAAAUCAGCAAAACACAAAACAGACAUACAAUACCUAACUAAUUUAUAAUAUAAUUUAUAUGUAGGCUUGCUAAAAAAAAGAAAAGGUUUUCAGCAGGCACCUCAAGCAGCAAUAUGAAGGCGCCUGCCUGUCGACAUGAGAUCAGCUUGGGGGUUGUGACGGUGUCCCCCGCUGCACCCCAGGCCAGCAGGCUAGCUUUGAGGCAGGCAGGUCAGGCCAUGCAUCACACGCCACUCUGUCCCCCAGGACCUCUUCACCAGUCCUCAGCGCUCUCCCUGCCGCCUCCUUGCUCUCCAUUCCAGCAAAUGGCACAAUGCAGGAACAGCAGCACCAGCAUGCAUCAUUUGAGGGCAUGUGAUGUUUGGCUUGGCUUGUCUCUCUUUCCCAUGGCCCUGUCUGUCAUGCAGACAGUGGAAACCUGCUUCUUAGCAGCCAGUAUGGAUUGGGCUACUGUAUUUGUAAUAUGGAAAUGGACGGCCUUCGAGCCGAUCCUGACUUAUGGCGACCCUAUGAAUAGGGUGUUCAUGGUAAGCUGUAUUCAGAGGGGGUUUAUCAUUGCCUCCCUCUGAGGCUAGUCCUCCCCAGCUGGCUAGGGCCUGCUCAGCUUGCCACAGCUGCACAAGCCAGCCCCUUCCUUGUCAGCAACCGCCAGCUGGGGGCAACUGGGCUCCUUGGGACUCUGCAGCUUGCCCACGGCUGCACAGGUGGCAGGGCACGUAACCCCUGAGCCACUCCCUGUGGGGGUGAUCUUUAGCUGGCCCUUGACACCCAGGAGACACGAGCGGGGAUUUGAACUCACAGACUCUGGACUCCCAGCCAGGCUUUCCUCCCCACUGUGUUAUACCAGGUGUGUAUGUAAUAUAUAGUUGGGUUAUUGGCUGAUAACCCUACUACAGCUUCCUGUGGUGUUCAUUCUGGAUACAACUGAAGAAUGGAUGAGCAUUUUUCCCCCUCGGAUCCAUAUACAAAGGGCAGAAAGCAAAAGAUGGAUUAUGUCUUCAGUCUGGUUACAUCCACCACAAAGUCUGUUCAGCUAUUCCCCACUCUUUGCCUUGCUGGGUGACCGUGAUUAAGGGUGCAGAUCUAUGCACACUUUCUUGGAAGUAGACCACAUCAAUAUCAAUGAGAUUUAUUUCUGAGCCACUUCUCUCAAACUAGCCUCCCCUUUUUUGUGAAUAGUUUGUGGUUCAGCCCAUGUCUACACCUGUCUGUCUGUAUUAAUUGGCUAAACAUCCGUGUGUGUGUUGGGGGGGCAACUUUUCUAUGAGGAUGCUGUAUAAAGUGUUAGCUAUUUUCAAUAAAUGUAAGCAUUUCCUUUUUUUAAUUAAAGAAACCAUGUCUCA